UCAUUUUGUCUUCGUCGACUCGGUCAUUGACACUAACAUCUGCAACCACUCCCCACUUGCGCACCCUUUGUUUAUCUCCUAUUCUAUCUCCAUACCUGUUACCUCUUGAAGCACUCAAUCCCCUGUUUACAACUAUUUGCCAACAAUUCUAAAAUAUCAAAUCUAGAUUCAUUUUCUUUUUAACCAGACAAUCAAUUUUCUGUUAAUGGCCUCCACUUCGACAUCUGGUCGAGGAGAGCAGGCACCCGAUCCAUUUUCAGUACUUGAACCUCCCAACAAAAAGAUAAAGUCCUCCUUGUCUGUAAAGCAGUUUGAUGUAUUCAUCAACCAUCGAGGCCCAGAUGUCAAAACAACUCUGGCUUGGCAGCUUUACAAUUCCCUAAAGAAUGCUGGGAUCUCAGCAUAUCUAGAUUCUGAGGAGACUGAACUGGGAGAUUAUUUUCCCUCUGCCAUAAAGAAUGCCAUAUUCUCUGCCAGAGUGCACAUAGCCAUCUUAUCACCGCGAUAUGCAGAGUCUGCUUGGUGCUUAGCUGAGCUAGCUUUAAUGUUUCAAACCAAGGCUAGAAUUAUUCCCCUGUUUUACCAUGUUCAGCCUUCAGACUUCCGCUACAUCAAAUAUGGAGUUGCAGAUGCAUUUUCCAUACAUGAAGAGAAGAGUAGAUACCCUAAUUAUGACAUUCAAGAGUGGAAAGAGUGCCUGAAGAACGUUGCAGGUAUCAAGGGCUACGAACUCAACGGACAGAAUGAUUAUCUGAAUAAGCUGUGCUGUGAUGUCGUGACGACGGUGGUCAAGGAGAAGAAAAAGAGAAAAAUUCCUCUCCAAGUUGCAAAAUAUGAGGUAGGACUUGAUGAGCUUGUGAAGGAUUUCCAGAGCCAUUGCCAGAGUAAUGGGGAGAUGAAAGACAAAAUAAUUGGCAUCUUUGGAAUGGGAGGGUCUGGCAAGACCACUCUCGCCAAAUAUUUGUUCAAUCGCAAAAGUUCAGAGUUUAGUGGAUCAACUUUUCUGUUUGAUGUGCGGGAUUUUGAUGUCAAAGGUAUGCUCACUUCUCUGCAAAAUAAGCUUCAGAAUGAUCUGUUUCCUAGAAAUCAUCAAUCAUUUUCUAGUGUAGAAGAUGGAAUUGCCGCGAUCCAGGAUAACCUUCAAAGGAACCGCGAAUUUUCUAGUAUAGAAGAUGGAAUUGCCGUGAUAAAGGAUAAUCUUCAAAGGAGCCGCGAUUCAAGGUUCCUUAUAGUUAUAGAUGAUGCUGAUCAUCAGAAGCAGCUAGAUGCCCUAGUGCCCAUACAUGCCCUCAAUCCCAAAAGUUUGGUAAUUGUCACAACUCGUGACCAGAGGCUUCUGAUAGAGGCUGGAGUAAAUGUCCGUUAUAAGAUGAAACAAAUGAAUCCAGAGCAUAGCAGAGAGCUCUUCUGCUGGCAUGCAUUUCAGAAACAAUCUUCUAAAAGUGGAUUUCAGAAUUUGGUAGACGGCUUUGUCGAAGUGUGUCAAGGUUUACCUCUUGCUCUUCGAGUAAUGGGCGGACAUGUUUUUGGCAGUGACAAGUCUUAUUGGAAAUUGCAAUUAGAUGUAGUUAAGAAAAAACUACACAAAGACAUAAAAGAUACCCUUAAAGUAAGCUAUGAUGCUCUGGAAGAGGAUGAGAAACAGAUCUUUAUGGAUAUUGCGUGCUUUUUCAUAGGGAAAGAGGCGAGCAUGGCCAUGAGUAUAUGGAAGGCUUCAGGGUGGAGAGCCGAACAUGCACUUCAGACCCUCAAAGACAAGUGCCUUGUUGACCUGCAACCUAUGAGUUUAGGUUGGGAUUAUUGCGACCCAGAAUUUGUUUUGAGAAUGCAUGACCACCUCCGCGACUUGGGCAGAGAUAUGGCAGACAAUGAAAUGAGCAAUUCUUGUCGGCUGUGGCGUCCUACAGAUCUUAUUGAAAUGGAAAACAUUGUGAAGGAGGAAGGAAAGAAUUUCAGAUAUUUCAAUGAAACUGCUACAUAUAUGACAUAUCUUCUAGAAAUAUCAAAGACAUCAACUGAUUUACAAUGGCUUCAAUUUCGCUUGAAUUGGGGUUAUGAGUAUAUUCCUGAAUGGAUUCCUCUACAAAAUUUGCACACUUUUAAGACUUCAAGAAGUAUCAUCUGCGAGAUUGUGGCAGACGGGUGACCGGGUAUAUGCUCUUUCUU